ACCCCGUUGCAAACUUCAAUUCCACGGGCUCGGGCCGUGCGAUGUGGGAGCUCCCGCCGUGGACCCGAGGUGUGGAUGGUGGCAGAUCGUGAUCCCCAUUCAAAUCAUGCCAUGGUCGGUGCUUUACCGCGACUAUGGGAAAGUGGAAAAGAAUUAUUUUACAUAUACCUGGACAUGCUCAAGGCGGGGGAGGGAGAUCUUCAGCAGCCUUGUGAAG